AUGGAGGUUUUUCGGAGAGUCAUAACGGAUGAUGAAUCACAGAGGGCAGCAACCCUUCCAGUGGAGGAGCGAUCAAUACCUGGUACCACUGACCUCACAGACACUCCAACAAUGCUCAUGACUUCUGAGGAGGAUCCAAUGGAGUACAGUGAGGAUAUGGACGCUGAUGGAACCAUUGGUUCGGAGCCUUCUGAGCUUGAUCACACUCCAACGACCCCAUCAGCCCGGACCCUUCCGAAACUGACUUCACACCAGCUGAGCAUGAGUACCUAA